AUGCUGGCCGCCGCCGCCGCCGACAGCGGCGCCGCUCACGCCGGCGGCGACGCCGACGGCGCUGCCCUGGACUCCUCCGAAUGGGCCGUGGUGACAUUCCCCGACGUCGGCACCAACAUCAAAGACCUCCCGGGGGCCGAUAUCCUGCACCCCAAGAAGCACGUCACCGACAUCCGCCUGGCGCUCGCCCCGGCGCUCAUCGAGGGACCCACCGGCGGCAACGGCGACCUGCUGCGCUUCUACAACACCCUGUUCCGGGAUGACAACACCGGGGACACUUUCCUCUUUGGCCCCACACUCCGCGCCAAGGCCGGCGACCGGCUGACGCUGGGCAUCAAGAAUGAGAUGAUCCAGGGGCCCGACAAGCACGCCUCUGGCGGGGGCUUCUACCACCCUAUGGACACAAACCUGCACACCCACGGCCUGCACGUCUCACCCGGCACGAUGGACCAGGCUGUGCCUGUCAAGUACACGCAGGGCGACAAUGUCUUGAUCACAGCGCCCGCCCGCCACAGCGCCGACGAGGAGCCCGCCUCGCUCAAAUACACCAUAGACAUCCCCGAGUACCACCUGCCAGGUCAGCAGCGCCACAGCCACCCGCACCACCACGGCGGGACCACGCUGCAGACCACCACCGCCUCUUUCUUCAUCAUCGUGGAGGACGACCCGCGCUGGCUGCCCAGCAGCGGCGGCUGCAAGCCCGUGCGUGAAGCCAUCAGUGAGGCGGAGGAGGUGCUGCUGCACCUGGAGGUCAUGAUCUUUGGGGCACCCCGCCCGCCCUACCCUGGCGCCAACGCCAGGAUCACGGACGCCAACAUCCAGGUCUACUCGGCCCUGUCCACCCCCACCAACAGGCUGUGCUGCGGCACCGAGGGCGAGCCAGACGCCAACUCCCUCAAGCUGACGGGCAGCAUGUCAGGCAUGGAUUUCGUGCUGGUCAACGGCGGCUGGCAGCCCGUGCUGGACAUGACGGCGGGCAAGUGGCAGCGCUGGCGAAUGCUGCACUCGGGCAUCAAGCGCUUCCUCACGCUCACGGUGGUGGAGGAGGGCACGUUUAUCCGGGCCAAAGACUGCGAAGUCAUGCUGCUGGCAAAGGAUGGCGUGUACCCCAUGAAAAUCCCUCGCACCGUCGACGAAGUGUUCAUCACCUCGGGAGGCCGCGCCGAGGUGCUGGUGCGGUGCGACCGGCCCGGCACCUACACGCUGACCAGCCACCUGGAUGCGCAGUUCCCGCUGGGCAGGAACUUCACCGAAUCCAAGUGA